UGAGAGAGAGAGACAUACACUCAGAGACAGAGAGAGAGAGAGAGAGAGAGAGAGAGAGACUGAGCGAUCCAGCCAUAGGAGAAGAGAUUGUAAGACCAAGACAGCAGGCAGGCAGGCAGGCUGUGCGUCAGCCAGCGCUCCAUAGGGAAACAUGGAGAUGAGCAGGAGAUGCUGAAGAGGACAGAACGCACCAUAACAGGAUCAUAUGGAUGGAUGUUAUUUCAUCAAACGGGCAACCUGAAGGCAACCCACGCAGAGGAUAAACCACUUAUGGACGCAGUGGAUUAAAGACCUACAGACAGACUGAGAGGGAGAGGGGGACUAGAGGAGGAGAAAAUAAUCAAUUCAGUUGUUUAUUUUCAUUGUCUGUGUGUGCGCAUUUGCUGUCAGAAAGAGUGUGUGUGUGCUUGCAUAUAGUGGGUGCGUGCACAAGGCAGGAGACUGCAUUGCUGCUCUCCAGCACCACAGGACAAACAAAAAAAAAAAAAAAAAAAAAAAAAAAAAAAGCAGCCAAGCAGAUUACCCUAUGUGUUUUCCCCCAUUUUUCUCUCUCUCCCUCUCUCUAUGCAUGUGUGUUCCUUCGCUGUGUGAUCAGGCACAGUGUGUGUGUGAAGGCUGAGAAUAAGAAGAUUGUGAAGCCUGAAGUGAGCCCCACGUUCAGAGUUGAAAUCAUUUUUUGUCUGAUUAUUAGGAGCAGAAGAAAAAAAAAAUAUUUUCUUAAAGAGUAAAGUCUUUUUUCUUUCAUCACACAAUAUGUCAAAGUUGUGGCCUCACUGCUGAUCAGGGUGGCUUCUAUGCUGGAAGCUCGGAGGUUUGAAGGGCUGCCACCGGGGAGGCUUCUUGACUCUACACCCCAGAGAGGUGGAGGCAUCAUCAGGUAGGAGGCGGCAGAACGAGUGGGCCUGAGCGGAAAGCAGGAGAAGAGUAGGAGGAAGAGUUCUGCAUUUGUGUCGUAGACUGUGUAGGCAGGCUGAUGGCAGGCCGGUGGAGCUGCCUGAUGGUUUCAUCUCCUGCUGAGAGAGGAUAAUGGCAGCUCUGGGCCCACUCUCCUCCUCUCUCACCUGCAUCUGCCACAGAGAAGCUGGGAAGUGCUAACCAAAGCUACAAAGAACCCACCAAGAGGAUGGUGUGAACAUCGUCACGCUGCGCUUUCCCACCACGCAGGGAGACCCCUGACAUUCCUGUGAGGGGCCAAGUUUUGUUAUUCCCGUUUUUUGUUUUUUUCCUCCUUUCUCUUCUUCAAGCCAGCUGAAAACAGAGAGUGGCGUUUCUUGAUUUCUGUGGGAGUUCUCUCCCUCUCCUUCCCAACUUUCUCCUCCUCCUCCUCCUCCUCCUCCUCCUCACCCCCGACCACACCAACCUCUAAAUUCAGCUCCAUGGAUUGGUUCUAGCACCAACCUGUCCUUCUUUUUUCUCCCUUUCUUUUCUUUUUCUUUUCUUUUUCUUUUUGUCGAGGCUUCAGGGGAAUUGCCAAGACCUGUUUCAUGCAUGUCCACUGGCGGCAGGUUCAACUUUGACGAUGGGGGGUCAUACUGCGGAGGGUGGGAGGAGGGGAAGGCGCACGGCCACGGGAUCUGCACGGGACCCAAAGGCCAGGGCGAGUACUGUGGGUCCUGGGCCCAUGGUUUUGAGCUGCUGGGCGUCUACACUUGGCCCAGUGGUAACACCUACCAGGGCACCUGGGCUCAGGGCAAGAGACACGGAGUGGGUGUUGAGAAUAAAGGUCGCUGGGUGUACAAGGGCGAGUGGACGCACGGCUUUAAGGGACGCUAUGGUGUUCGGGAGAGCACAGGGACGAGUGGGAAGUACGAGGGUACGUGGAACAACGGGCUGCAAGACGGAUACGGAACAGAGACAUACUCAGAUGGAGGAACAUUUCAGGGUCAGUGGGUUGGUGGGAUGCGGCAUGGCUACGGGGUUCGUCAGAGUGUCCCAUACGGCAUGGCGGCCGUCAUCCGCUCUCCGCUCCGUACCUCCAUAAACUCUCUCCGCUCUGGUUCUGAGCACAGCAAUGGUACCGCUCUGCUGGACCGGACCGGAGCGGUGGUUCCUUGUCCUCCUCCCGUUCCUGGCACUCUGACCACCAGCGUCUCUAUGUGCAGCACAGGAAGCAGCGGGAGCAGCCCCGCAGUGUCUCGUGGAGGUUUUGUGUUGAUGGCACACAGCGAGGCUGAGCUGCUGAAGGGGAAGAGGAAAGGCGGGCUGUUCAGGAGGUCCAUCCUGUCUGGGCUCAAGCUAAGGAAAUCAGAGUCUAGGAGCUCUCUGGCCUCACAGAGAUCUAAACAGAGCUCAUUCAGGAGCGAGGCUGGGAUGAGUACUGUGUCCUCUGCUGCAUCUGAUAUCAACUCUACUAUCAGUCUCGGAGAUGCAGAUGCAGAGUUGGCUGUUGCUGACGAUGAUGUGGAUGCCACGGCAACAGAAACCUACUGUGGAGAGUGGAAGAACGACAAACGGACGGGAUUCGGUGUGAGUCAGCGUUCCGAUGGGCUGCAGUAUGAGGGGGAAUGGCUCAGCAACAAGCGCCAUGGCUACGGUUGCACCACGUUUCCUGAUGGAACGAAAGAGGAAGGGAAGUACAAGCAGAACAUCCUGGUCAGCGGGAAGAGAAAGAACCUGAUCCCCCUGCGGGCUAGUAAGAUCAGAGAGAAGGUGGACCGAGCUGUGGAGGGAGCACAGAAGGCAGCCGACAUCGCUCGACAGAAGGCUGAGAUUGCUCUGUCAAGGACAGCGCAUGCACAGGGUAAAGCAGAGGCAGCAGUAGGAGCAGCUCAGAAAGCCCAGGAGGAGAGUCGUAUGGCCAGGGUCACCGCCAAGCAGUUCUCCCCUUCCUUCCAGCACCCAGGAAAUGGUAUGGAGGUGCAGCGUCCCAAACGUCAAGUGUCCAGCGAGGUGGAGGGUGAGGGGUUGUCAAGUAGCGCUGGUACAGCCGAUAGCCCCGAUCUUUAUGUGAAGAGUGGAGCCUCUGACGACCCCUCUAAUGAUGCUGCGACCCCCGACCUCAGCCCACCAUCUUCCUCACCUCCUCACACCCCGCCUCCGCCUGCCCGGCCGUCCCAGCGCAGCAAGAGUGCCCGCUUCCACCGGCAGAGCGCAGUGGACCACGGAGACAGGGGGAAGGAAGGAGGAGAAAGGAGUGAGAAAGGUGGGGGAGGAGGAAAGACAGAGAUCCAGGUGUUGAUGGAGGGGGGUAGCGGAGGAGGUGAGGGCAGUGGAGGGGGAGGGAAGGGGGAGUACCCACGGGCCAACAGCUGGAGCGAGGACAAGAGGCGAGGGAUGUUGUCAAAAGGAGGAGGUGGAGUCAGCGGACGAGGAACGAGUCGGACCAAUGGACACAAACACAGCUCCUCCAAUCACAAGUCACGGGAGCACGGCUCAUCCAAUCAUAGACAGGCCAGAGGAGACAGGUGGACAGAGUCGUCCUCGUCUGCCUCCUGGACGUCUGGGCACAGGGGUGUGCAUGGCAGGGGGGGCCGGCUGCUAGAGCAGGACGAGGAGAAAAUUAGCAACUACGAGAUGGAGAUGAAGCCUUUACAGCCCAGAGACUCCACUACCCACAAGCCCCAUGGGCACGGGGAAGAGAGGCAUGGGCACAGCCACGCUCACGGAGAGGGGCGUUCACACGCUGUGCCGCGUCAGAGACAUAAGAACCGUGAGGGAAGGGAAGGAAGAGAAGGGAAAGAGGGGGGUAAAGACUCAGUGCACAAGCUGGACAGACCGGGGGAGAAGAUGGAUUCACGGCCUCUGCGCCGGGACCUCACCCUCUCCCCCCCUCUGAAGUCCUCACCCAUCACACCGGAGCAGCAGGACCACAGCCUCACGCAGAGCAAAGGCAACUCGGCCUACAGCUCUAUCCUGGUUGUCAUGGUGAUUCUGCUCAACAUUGGAGUGGCUAUUUUGUUUAUCCACUUUUUUAUUUAAAGACAGCACUGCUUUCAGAGUCAGCCUAUCUAUGCUACAACAACUAUAAAUUCAUAUGAGUAUUAUGACAAAUCUGCUGCCCCUUCGUGUUCCUGGUGAGAGGACUGCAACUGGCUCAGUGAGACUAGGACCAAGCAGGGCUGUGCCAUCUUUUGGGCUAAAGGUGGCUAGCCUGGGCUAACCUCAAAUAAGCUUGGUCCACUAGUUGUGAAAGAGAUGCUGCAAUGCGUAGCCCAAAGAAGUGGACGAAAGAGGGGAGAACCAGUCCAGGUAACUGGACCAGAAACUGGAGUCACGUGAGCUUCAAUAGUUCACAUAUGGACUCAAGUGGGCUGAACCGGUCUUAUUCCCAGACCAUGAGAGAUGCAGCUGGCAUUAUAGCGAGAUGUCUGCUUCCACUGUCUGCAGACAAGACUGAAGAGACAGACUUUUUCAUCUUCAAAUCAUAGUUUUCAACAGAUUUGUAACUUUUAAUUUAUUUAUUAACAUUUUCUCUCAUGUACAAUAUGUUGAUGGAUAUAUUCUUUAUUUUGUAACCCUCCACCCCUCUUUAUAUAACUCCUGCCUUUUGGUUCCUCCACCUGCCCAGGUGCCUGCCCAGGUGUUGUUACUGAUGGUUCAAAGUGUGUCUGUGUUGCUUGAGCUGCGAAGUGUGUGCAGCAUGGAUAUAUAGAUGGUCCAUGUUAUCACUCUCAUUCAUCUGUCCUUGCACUGAUGUCUGUUUCCUCUAAUACUUCAUCCUGUGACAGGGGUGAGAAUGUGUUUGUGUGUGUGUGUGUGUGUGUGUGUGUGUGUGUGUGCGUGCGCACGUCUGUAUCAACCUUCAAUGUCUUUUCCAUCAGUGUAUGUUAAUGGUUAAUGUAUGUGUGUGCGUACGCGGUCUCCAAGUAGCCCAGUGGCCUUUCACGCUGUUCAUGAACUUUACAAGAGCAUCUCAUGAGGAAACAGUCACUGCUCAUCCACAUCUAGCCUACUAGCAUCAACUGACAGCUCUGCUCUCUCAGUCUCUCCCUCCUACUCUCUCCCACCUCCACACACCAGUCAGAGGAUGGAGCUUCCUCUGAGUUGGUGGUUCAAGGAUGACUGUCCUCGGCAAAGGUCUGCACCUACUGUACUACUAGCAGAAGUAUUUAGAGGAAAUACUGCCUUCAGUGAAAUAUGUAUAACACCACAAAUGCGGCGUAAAAGACAAAAUGACGUUGAUAAAUCAGUGUCUCUGACUGCUUCUCUCAAAACAUAACCAGAAGACAACAUCUUUUAUACUAUACUUGCAAGAUGUCUGAAAAAAGUACUAGUCGCCACCUGCCUUGCUUUUGUAGCGCAAAUUGAUAAAACUACAACAAUGCAUGCAUAUGUACUGUAAUAUCUUAGUUGUGCAUUGAAUCUGAAAGCAAAAAAACACAAAAAAGCUUCAGAAGCACAUGCGACAUGUUGUGUUUUGAUAGGAGCAGUGUCAGGAGAACAUUGUAUCUGGCACAAAGAAAAAACAGCAGAUACCAGGAAUCAAUUGAAGUUUGAAUGUGGGGCUAAGUCUUAAUCCCUGAAGAACUAAACAAAGUUUUUGAGAGAUUUUUAGUGAAAUGACGCAAGUCUGUUGUGGUGUAGUAGGCAGCAGUGGCCAGGAUCGAGGUCAGGAUUUGCUGCCUCCGCUCCUCAGCUUCUCCCCCCCGCUGAUCCCAGACCCUCAGUGACUAAAGUACAGUCAGAAAAACCAGUAACAAUUUUAUCUAUUUUUAUAGUUGACUGAAAACACGGGGUUUUUCCUGUGUCUCUCCAACCCAUCUGACAGACCAGCCUCUGUCUUUGUUUGCAUGUGUGCACAUGAAUGCUCAUGUGUGUGAACAUGUGUGUGCAUCUUCCUCCUUCCACAUGUUGGGAUGGGAUGGCUGAGCCCUUUGCCAUUGGUAACAACUUCCAGGGGGCAGGGAGUAUAUCGCUGUUGUUUUUCUGUCCAACAGCAUUUCUCAAACCACGGAUCAGAACUCAAACUCAGCAGUAGGUUCAUCUCUGGUGUUUCCCCACAUUAUUACAAGAGUUCAGUCUCAUGUGCCUGCACCCUGAGAGGCAGAACAAUAUAUUUUUAUUUCAUUUUGGGUCCCAGACAGAAACAGGUUUAAGAAGCUCUGCUGUAUGCCAUCAGCCUGGUGACGAUGCCCUGCGCCACCCCGUUAGUCUGCAGCAUGCUACAGCAUGCCAAGCUCUCUCUCUAUAGUUUGACUCUCCUUUCUUUCUUUCUUUCUUUCUUUCUUGCUUUCUUUCUUCCUUUCUUUCCUUAUGUUUCUGGGAAUUACUCUGUUUUGUUUUUGAGUUAUGUGGAGAAAAUAAUGAAAGUGUUGGAAAGAAAAUGA